AUGUCAUGGAUAGCAAAGGUAUCUGACCUUGCCGGAAAGGCUGAAGAUUUGUUGGAUCGCAUAGAUCGAUCUGCAGGUGAUGCUAUCCAGAAUCAAAGAAUUCUCGCUUCAUCAAGGCCUGCGAGGAGCAGCUCCUUCGAUGACGAUGUAGAAGUACAUACAGAGGAGCUUGGUCGUAGUGGUCCUUCUCUUCCUUCUAGAACUCACUCAGAGUUCGCUGGAGGAACUGCUGCUGGCCGCAAAAAAGUCAAUGAGAGGUGCAGAGAGAUUGUAUCUAGGAUUCGAACAUCCAUAUCAUUUGAGGAAUUGGAACGAAAACUUGCUAAACGAAGCGAUGAAUUUUACGAGUUGAAGGCUGAAAAGGAAGUUAUUGAACAACGAUUAACACAGCAAGCAAGUCCCGAUAGCGUUGAGGAAUUGAAACUUGCUAGGAAAAAGGCUCAAGAACAACAGGAUAUUCUUUUUGAAGAAUGUACUCAAUUAAAGCGAAAGUACAUAGCACAGGAAGAAGAAGUGCGAGCAAUGAGUGAGCAGCUUCGUCUUGCCAAAUUCAAUCUUAGUGAGAACAAAAAGGAAUUUGAUCAGUACAAGGAGAAAGCACAGAAAAUUCUACAAGCCAAGGAGAAAUUGGUGUCUUCAUUAAAGGCAGAGCAAAACAUGGGUGAAAGCCCAGAUCGCCCUGGGCAUCUAUUGCAAGCGGAGCUGGAGGAGAUGAAAGUAGAGAGAGAUCUUGCACGUGCGGACUUAGAGUCGGCUCAACUUAUGGUCUACAAUUUACGUUCGGAAAUCGAUGAGAUGGAGAAUCAAUUAAGGGAGGAACAGGUUAAACAAAGCGAGCAGCGAAAGCUUUACUUGGAGGAGAAACAGAGUUGGCAGGCAACGGUAGCAUUGCUAAGCGAGAAAGUGGAUUGUGCUAGGAUUGAGGGUGAAUUUGUUAAGCAAGAGAUGAAGAGGCAAAGUGAAGAUUUUGUGAAGAAGCUUGAGCUUCAAGAAGUUGAAAUGAGGAGAAAUGUUGAAGAUCAACGAGCAAGAAGGCGAGAGGAAGAACUGACUCAUGGGAACGAUGGGUUGUCAAUAGGCGAGCGUCUUCUACAAAAGCAAAGCGAGCUUGAAGAAGCUCUUCGGAAGAACCAAAUACUUUCGCUGCGACUGGAGAGGUUGCAGAAGUCUUCUCGCGAGACUGUGAUACCAGUUGAUCCGCCUUCGGUCUCUCUGCCAAUUCAUCAUCCGGGAGCAAAACAAGCAGUAACAAUGAUUGACUCCGUAAUGUUGCGGGUAGUUUCGAUGCUUCGUAAUUACCCGUCAGCUCGUUUGUUUUUAGCGAUUUAUUUCCUACUGGUACAUCUUUGGGUCUUUUUCGUUGUUCUCACGUACACCCCAGAAAUGCAUGAUAACCUCGGGACUCUACCAGGUGUAGGAGAUCAUUAUGUGCCUAGAGCCUAG